AUGAACUCUCGGGGAUUUUCUCCAUCUUUCUUUUCUGAAGAGGUGUGUUUGUCUGAUGAGAGACUGGUUGGUGUAAGGAAGACGGACCACAUGACUAGUUACUCUGGUCUAAAACCAGAUGGAGUUUUAAGAACAAAUGCUGCUUCGUCACCUCUUGAAAACCAAAUCCAAGUGGAUUCGCGAAUGCCAAAGGGUUUUAUUCAUCCUGACUAUUAUCUCAAUCGUGGUCGAGAUGCUAAUAUAUUAGGGAAACAAAUUGUUGCAGCAGAAAGAGCAGCCAGCCGAUCCUUGCCAUGUGCAGUUGACCAUGAUCUAGGUUCUAGAAUUAAUUUGAAUAUGGACUCUGGUUCAUAUUUUUUCAAUGCAGAAAAAGUAAAUCUGAUGGCUGAUCAGUAUGAGAAUGGUCUUUUUUCAAGUUCAGUGUCGGAUUUAUUCAGUAGAAAAUUAAAUCUAUCUCCAAAUGAUGCUGCAUAUGACUCCAGUGCUGCUGCUCUUGCUCCUGCUCCUGCUCCUGCUUCCUCACAUUAUGAGGAAGAGGAGGCUUUUGAAUCACUUAAAGAGCUUGAGGCGCAAACUAUUGGUAAUCUUCUCCCUGAUGAUGAUGACUUGCUUUCUGGUGUGACAGAUGGGUUUAGUAACUCAAUUCGACCUGAUAAUGGGGAAGAUAUGGAAGAUGACUUGUUUAGCAGUGUUGGAGGACUGGAACUUGGGGAAGAUGGCUUUUCUCGAAGAAAUUAUAAACUUUAUGAUGUUAAUUCUAUUAAUCAAAUGGUAAUCUCUGUGGGUACCAAUGGUGGGGAACACCGGUAUGGUGAGCACCCCUCAAGGACGCUUUUUGUCAGAAAUAUAAAUAGCACCGUUGAAGAUUCUGAGCUGCAAACCAUUUUUGAGCAAUUUGGAGAUAUCCGCACUUUGUACACUGCGUGCAAGCAUAGGGGAUUUGUUAUGAUCUCCUAUUAUGAUUUAAGGGCAGCAUGUAAUGCUAUGAAAGCACUUCAAUAUAAACCACUAAGGAGUAGGAAGCUUGAUAUACAUUUCUCAAUUCCGAAGGAGAAUCCAUCAGAUAGAGAUAUUAAUCAGGGCACUCUUAUGGUUUUCAACCUCGAUUCUUCUGUUUCCAACGCCGAACUCCUUGAGAUUUUUGGUGUCUAUGGUGACAUCAAAGAGAUCCAUGAUGCUCCACAUAUGCCGGACAACAAAUUUAUAGAGUUUUAUGAUGUCAGAGCUGCAGAAUCUGCACUUCGUGCUUUGAACAAGAGUGAUAUUGCGGGAAAACAGAUUAAUCUUGUACCCGAUUGUCCUGGUGGUGGCUCCAUAAGAUUCAUGCGGCCCUUUUCUUCAGAGUUGGAGCAAGAACAACAGCACAGCCCUACUAAUAAUUUGUCAACAGGGUUUUCUGUAUUUGAGGAAAGCACACCCAACACAGAUAACGGAACUAUUCUUGGCCCACUUUCAGCAAAUGGAGGCCCUGUUACUCCACACCUGGAUAAUGUGCUGCACCCUGGAGUAUCUUCUAGUGUACCUAACAGAUUACCUUCUCUAAUAAGAGUUGAACCUGGAAAUCAAUCCAGUAUUACUGAUCCUAGCCACUUACAGAACCACCUGAAAUUUGAGCUCCAGGGGCCGACUAAUCUUCAUCCUCAUUCACUUCCUGAACAUCAUGAUGGUAUAGCGACUGGCCCUCCCUUUGGUUCUCCAAGCAAGAUUGCAUCAACUAUUGGUACCAGACCACCAGAAAUGAUUGAUGGCUUGAAGGAAGCUUUUAGUUCCUCUGGAAAUGGGAGCUUUCCUUCUCCUGGGCAUCAUUACAUGUGGAGUAAUUCACAUCAUCUACAGCAGCCUCAGCCCAUUUUGUGGCCUACUUCACCGUCGUUUGUUAAUGGGCUUGGUGGUGCUACUGCUCAUCCUCAACAACUGCAUACAAUUCCCAGAGCUCCAUCUCACAUGCUGAAUUCACUUCUACCUCUAAAUAACCAUCAUGUUGGAUCAGCACCUUCUGUCAAUCCUUCUCUCUGGGACAGACGACAUUCUUUUGCUGGGGAGUCACCUGAUGCUACUGUAUUUCACCCAGGAUCUCUAGGGAACAUGAGAAUUUCGGGUAAUCCACUCAAAUAUGUUCCUCAUAAUAUUUUUCCUCGGGCUGGUGGAAAUUGUAUGGAUGUGCCAAUCGCUACCAAAAAUAUUGGGUUACAUCCUCAUCAUCGGAGGUGCAUGAUUUUCCCUGCAAGAGGUCAAAUGUUUCCUAUGAUGGGUUCAUUUGAUUCUCCUAAUGAACGGGCGAGAAGCCGCAGGAAUGAAGGCAACUCGAGUCAAGCUGAUAACAAGAAGCAGUUUGAGCUUGACUUAGACAGAAUUGUACGAGGAGAAGAUAAGCGGACAACCCUUAUGAUAAAGAACAUUCCUAACAAGUACACCUCAAAGAUGCUUUUGGUUGCCAUUGACGAACGUCACAGAGGAACUUAUGACUUUAUAUACUUACCGAUUGAUUUUAAGAACAAAUGCAAUGUGGGCUACGCGUUUAUAAACAUGACAGAUCCUUCCCUCAUAGUUCCCUUUUAUCAGACAUUUAAUGGAAAGAAAUGGGAAAAGUUCAAUAGUGAAAAAGUAGCAUCUUUGGCAUAUGCUCGAAUACAAGGAAAGAAUGCCCUCGUUGCACACUUCCAGAAUUCAAGCUUGAUGAAUGAAGACAAGAGGUGCCGUCCAAUACUGUUCCAUACCGAUGGUCCUAAUGCAGGCGAUCAGGUUCCUUUCCCAAUGGGUCCUAAUAUUCGACCGCGAACAGGAAAAAUUCGAACCAGCGUCACUGAUGAUAACCACCACCAUGAAAUGCCAUCGAGUUCUGUAACUGUGGAGGAUUAUUCUGUUGGGGAUUUGUCUUCUGGUUCAGGCAAAGAUUCGGAAUGA